AUGAAAUGGGAAGACAAAAAUAAAAGCGGGAUGAAAUGUGCUGCUAGUCCUCUCUGUGGUAUAUUAACUUUAUUAAAACGCUUCAAGGUAUUUAGCUCUGUGACUGCGGAGGACAGCUAUUAUGGUGUGAGAAAAAAACACGCCGUUCGCGUGUUUAAGAUUUUCCGGCUUGCGCCAUCAAGAAUCGAUUGCAACCAAGUUAUGAUGUUGUUAUUCAUCUUAUUAUUACUCAUAAAAUGUGGAUAUGGAGAAAAAUGUGUCCCAGUUCCAACUUGUAACUGUGGAAGUGAUAGCGCAAUGUCUUGUUACAGUCGAUCAGCUGAAACAUUGCCCAACAUAACUAAUCUUCACGUUGAGAGCUUGUAUAUAGGUUAUGACAAUGUAGGAUUCAUACCGCAGUAUUAUUUCCAACGAUUUAGCAAGUUAAAAAUUCUUGGGAUUUAUGGUGCAAAACUCGUGUAUUUGUCACGUCAUAAUUUAUCAGGACUGUCACGCCUGGAAUAUUUGUCUAUAACAGAUUCUCAUUUGGAGCUUAUUCAUCUUCCUGCGUUUGACGAUUUAAAAAGAAUGAGAUAUCUACAUCUUGAAAGAAACAAACUUAAAAGCAUACCACGAGAAGUCGAACCAAUGACAUUCAAAAACAUCAAGGUUGAUAAUUUGUUCUUAGAUGAUAACAAACUUAGAAAUCUCGAAUGUUAUACUUUUUACAGUUUGUAUGAAUUAGAAAGCCUAACAUUAAGUAAUAACACAAUCUCCAUUAUACAAAAGAAUGCAUUUAAAAGGGGCGAGAGAAUAUGCAACAUGAAGACACUUGAAGUCUCGUGUAACAUUAUUGAAAAAAUAGAAAAUGGAACAUUCGAGGGAUGUACAAUACUUGAAACUAUACACUUAAACAAAAAUAACAUUUCAAAGAUUGAAGGAAAUGUCAUUGCACCGGCAAAGAGUUUAAAAAACAUUUACCUACAGAACAAUAACCUUCGAAGUAUCAAACCAAAUACUUUCAAUUUACCUAAAGUUCUUAAUAUACGACUAAGCAGUAACAACAUAGAAAAUGUUAAAAAUUCGCUACUGUUGCAAAACAAUAAAAUCAAAUAUUUUCCACAUUUACUGACAUUCCCAUCCCUAUCCUAUUUGGAUUUGCAUAUGAAUAGAAUUGCUGAACUACCAUCAAAUGUUUUUCUUCAACUACCAAAAGUAACCUAUGUCAAUUUAAGCAGUAACAAAAUACAAACAUUGUCUUUCCAAGCAUUUUAUGGUGCAGAGUUGCUAAAGACAUUGUAUUUACAUGACAAUAAAAUUUCUGAAGUAGAAAGCACAGUCUUUCCACAUCUUCCAAAUGUGACAGAAAUAAACUUUGGCAACAAUAUGAUCAAGACAUUCGCUAAUGGUUUUUUUCAAAAAUUUAAGAAUCUUAAAAAGUUGUAUAUUGGACAUAAUAGAGUUUUGAAAAUUUCCUCCGAAAUGUUUAAUGGCUUAAAUCGUCUGGAAAUUUUAGAUGACAGCCACAAUCAAAUAAAAGAUAUUAACAAGAACUCGUUUACUGAUUUAAAAUUCUUAAAACACCUGUACCUCAGCAACAACCAUAUAAACAAUUUGUCGGCUGAUCACUUCAAAUAUAGUCAGGAUUUAAAGUCCAUAAAACUGGAUAAAAACAUGCUCACUCAAAUAUACGAAGAACGUUUAAUUAAUACCUUGAGUAAAAUGUCAUUUACUGGCUUGACAAAGUUGAAAACUUUGGAUUUAAGUCAAAACAAGCUUAAUGGACUUCCAAUCGGAUUCUUUGACAGUGCCAAAUACGUGACGAAGUUACAUCUAAAUCAUAAUCAACUCUUAAAAACAAAUGUAAUUGUAUUUUAA